CGGUAGCUUGCUUUCGAACAUUUGACACGAUGGGGCGGAAGAAAGCCAUUCCAAUACUGUCUCCUGGAGUCGACGAAAAAUUGGACAUCCAACGGGGCUUUAUGCCAGGAUCUGCCACGAUUAGUGCUGGUUGGGGGGUGAACGUCAGUGCCGAACAACCAGAGGACUUCACUGCUCCGGGAUGGACUGACCCUUUGGUGUGGUUAACACCGCUUGAAAAAUCGGCAGAGGGAGCGAAAAGUCGCUCAGGGCGGAAAACCAGGCGGAAAGUCAAUAUCGUGCACGAUGGAACAGACGGUGACGAGUCUUACCGUGAGGAAAGUCAAACAGAAGGAGACGACACCGCGCACGCUGGAAUUGACGAUGACGACUCCUACCAUGACGAAACCGAAUCAAACGAAGACGACACGAAAAUACCUUCUCGUCUAGCAUCUCGGGGACGUGUAGUCCUGAAAUAUCGGGCGGCCGAAGAUCGUAACGUGGCAGCGCCGUCGAGAGGUACAAAUCGAGGUCAGGCAUCGGGGAGUAGCGCUCUCGGCCAAGGUGACAAGACCCUAGGCAGAGUAGCCAAUUUAUGUGAUGUUGCACCGGAGAAUAUCAUACCGGGUGAAGGUGGGACCAGUGGACGUCGCAAAUCAAAGAGAAUCUCCAAGCCCUUGCACGUCAUGCAAGAGAGGAACGUCGACAACGAUGACAAGGACUCAGACGACGACGAGGAAUCCAUGUUACCACCGACUGAAGAUAGCCGAAGCAGGCGAAGCUCUAUUCACGAGGGACUGCCUGACAGCCUAUCCGCAGAUGAGAACGAAGGGACAGCCGAUGAUGAUGAUGCGCCAGAAACUGAGGACGAGAACAUCGUCGGAUGCGUCUCAAGCAGUGGUGCCGUCUUCAUCUCCAGCUCGGCGCCUUAUAGUAGUGUUAUCGCCAGCCACAGCGGUACCAGCAGGACCAAAAGCGGCGGUGCCGUCUUCACUUCCAGUGUCAUCGCCAGUCACACCGGCAUCAGCAGGAUCGCCGUCUUCACGUCCACCUCGACGCCUUGCAGUAGCAUCGUCGCCAGCCACACCGGCAUCAGCAGGAUCGCCGUCUUCACGUCCACCUCGCCGCCCUACAGUAGCAUCAUCGCCAGCCACAGCGGCACCAGCAGGAUCGCCGUCUUCACGUCCACCUCGACGCCUUGCAGUAGCAUCAUCGCCAGCCACAGCGGCACCGGCAGGACCAAAAGCGGCGGUGCCGUCUUCACUUCCAGUGUCAUCGCCAGCCACACCGCCAUCAGCAGGAUCACCAUCUUCACGUCCACCUCGACGCCUUGCAGUAGCAUCAUCGCCAGCCACACCGGCAUCAGCAGGAUCACCGUCUUCACGUCCACCUCGGCGCCCUACAUGCCUCAAAUAGCGUGGGGCAAAGAUUUCGACUAUAAGCUAUGCAUGUGGGUGAUGGCGGAAAGCAGCCCGAACCUCGCUUCAUGGAAGCGCAGAGCAGAUGUAUGGAACGAGAUAUUCCGCGGCGAGUAUGUGUUCCAAAACAAAAGCGUACAGCUGACGGCCGUCAAUCCUGUGCCUAGCGCAAGACUGAAAAGCCAAUUUUCCGAGAGGACCCAGCGAGCUGGCGAGGCGGGUGUCGACGAGUGGAAAGAUAUUAUGGCCAUAGCGAGAUCGGAUAUCCGAUAUACGACUAUGCUACAGAGAAUCAAUGACGCUGUCACCAGUUUGGACAGCACCAAUGGGUGGACUCCGUGAGAGAGAGGAUCAAGUGCUGUAGCAUGAAAUAGGGAGAAUCGAGAACUGCUGGAUAAGAGACGUCGCUGAGCAGGCAUUGUUGCCUCGUAGAGCCUGGGAAAGCGGUUUCUCUCGAUCAGUUGUCUUUCCGUAGCCGUAGUGCAAAGUGCUAGAUAUAGCUAGGCAUUUUCAAAAUGAUCCCGCGGAGCUGUACUCAUGCCAUGUGAUGUUAUGUUCACUAGAUUCAUCGUGCUGGCUCCUUCCACUUCUUGUUGCCAGGAACCUGACAGGCAGAUCGGGUAUACCCGAGCAACAGCUGGAGCGCGCGAAGGCGUUCUCAGGGUCAGGCACUGACUUGCUUCGUGCCCUUCAUGAACUUCUGACCGCACAUCGAUUCGCAAGACCCGCAACCACACCCCGACUAUGGACAUUGACAACCACCACGACCGCGACGACGAGGGUCGUAUGAUCAUGACAAGAGAUUCGUCCUCCCCAAGCCUCGGUCUAGGGGUACCACCAGAUCCAAACUCGAACGAGUAUGCAGACACGGUGCAAUUCGGCGAAGCGGACGUGUUCCCAGACCAGGCUGGCAUAGCAUCAGCGAGAGGUGCGUCGUCGGUCGGCCUCGAAUACUUAGGUGCGCCGCCAGAUCCAGCGUCGGAAGAGUACAAGAGGACAGUGCAGUUUGGGGAAGGAGACGUCUUCCCAGACCAACCUCAUCUCAACAAGCGGGGCCAGGGUUCCAAUACCAAGUCCUCCGACCACGACGACGAGGCUCCAAGCAGCACAAGGACCCGGAAGAAGACCCGGCCAGAGAACAGCACGGUGGCUCGUAGGUCAGGCAGAAUUCCUGAGCCUUCGACGAAGGGCAAGCAGAUUCUGGCCGAAGCAAAUCGACAAGGCA